CAAUCGUCCAUCCAUCCAUUCAAACACCCACUCAUCCAUCCAUUCAUCGAACCACCCACUCAUCCAUCCAACCAUCCAACAACCCACUCGUCCAUCCAUCCAUAAAACCACCCACUCAACCAUCCAUCCUUCCGUCCGUCCAGCCACCCACUCAUCCAUUUACAAUAUAUAUUUGAAUGAAAGGGAGCAGAUAGAAGAAAAAUCUUAUUAUUUCUGCCCCCUUUUUAAACUUAAAUAUCAAUUUAUCCAUCCAUCCAACCACCUGCUCAUCCAUCCAACCACCUGCUCAUCCAUCCAACCGCCCACCCACACAUCCAUCCAUCAGUCCAAUAUUUAGCAGCUGUAUCUGAGUAAAGCCAAACACCUUCAUACAUUGUAGGGUUCAUGAUGUCGCCCAGCCUCCUUUUGGUCAGUGGAGUUGUUUUCUUUUCCUCUGUUGCCCUGCCCACCCUGUCCUUCUCUCAUGGUGCAAGCCACGCCUCCUGUCUGGAGAUGAUUCCUGGUCAUAUCCGUGCUCAUCCUCUGGAUCCGCAUCACAGCUUUGUCAUCUUUCACGCAUCUGCCUCCUCAUAUUUACCUGGACAGCUCAUAACAGGUACUGAUCCCAUCACACUUACAGUCCGAAGCUCUCGGGACUUCAUGGGUUUCCUGCUCCAGGCCCGUGGUGCUGGUGAUCAACGACGUCGGUAUGGAAGAGGUGCAAGGAUCAGGUCGAGAAGAAUUGGUCCUCCCUUGGUGAUUGGUUCCUGGAUCCUAACUCCCCCAGGAACCCACACCUUGCACUGUCUUUCAGAGGGCGACACAAUCACCCACUCUGACAAACAACUGAAGAGAAACCUCUCAUUUGUCUGGAGGGCUCCCGACAAACCAAUGGGAGACGUACAAUUCCACAUCACUGUGGUGCAGUCCUACUUCAUUUAUUGGGCUGGUGUUGAGUCUGCAGUGGUGCGUGAUGGAAAUCGUAGUGUUUGGAGGGGUGGUGAGACGGCUGGACCACUGGACAUAGGUAGCAUGAGCUUUUCCUUCCAGGAAGAAAACACAACUGACCUCUCAGGUGGUGGAGACCAAACUCAGAAAUUUGUAAACACGGGAGUUGCUCCCACAAUGGUGGAAUUGACCAACUUUGAGACUUUGACAAAACUUGAAGAAAAUCCAACAAUCCCUCUGGCUUUAGGAUCAAUCCAGAGCAAAACCAGCAGCACUCCUGAAUCCCAAUCAAAGAUGUCUGAAAAAGCAACCGUUGACCCUGGUUCUCACACCAAGGGUCCCAGGAGUUCCUCCCUUUCCCCGCCCUCUGUUACCACAGCUGAAAACCAAAAGAUGGACACCACAACCACAGAUCAAACUUGGACCAGUCCAGGCUCUCUGCUGAACUCUCUAGUUCCCUUCUUUCCUCAAAAGGGAAUAGGGACAUGGAUGAAAGAUCCUGGGAUAAAUUCUCAGGAUCCACUUCUGAACAUCAACCAAAAAGGAAAUGACACAUUAGUUUCUGAAAGUUCUUCAUCUGCAAUGUCUGGGACUAUCAACAGGUCAAAGGAAGCAGAUGGAAAUGAACAAACGUUGUCCAGAACAAGUUCAGUCAAAGGAGAAACCGGUUCAUUGUCCAUAACUUCAUCCAAACCAGAUUCCCGUUUUCAUACAACUUCAAGGCAGAUGUAUUUAUAUACAGAAACGUCUUCCCCCAAGCCUCAGACCUGGUCACCAAAAACACUUUCUCCGUCCAUAUCUACACCUAAGUCUUCUCAGGUUACCAAAGCUGGCCCUCCGUCCUUAGACCCUGUACAUGACACAAGUCCAUCUGGAUCCAAAAGCACCACAAAACCAACCACUUUGUUUCAAAUGUCCCAGAGUAGUCCUCCUCCAGCCUCGUCUCCAAGCAUCCCUCACCAAGCCCUGGGGACUACCUCGAUUUCGACUCAGACUAAACCUGACUUUGUUCAUAGAGACCAGUCCCAAUCUGAGACAACAGAAGAGUCUUUGGACACGUCUCCACAACCACAGUCCCAGACCCUUUUGAAAACACGGAGGACAUCAUCCUCAAGACCAGACAACCCUGUAACGUCUACAUCUACGACCCCAGAUUUGCGUUUUGUUUCCUCCCUCACACCUUCUCCUACUUUUACAUCUCCUAACCAUCUUUCUUCGGGUUCCUCAGGUGAUCCUUCACACAGCUCUUCUUUUAUACAUCCCAGUGAUCCCGCUUCCUCUCAUCCAUCUGAAUAUUCAGUCCUGGUCUCCACGCAUCCAUCUUCCAGGCCAACCACUCCCAUCCAUUCCUCUUCAUCCUUCCAAACAAAACACCUCAGAGCAACUAUGGCUAUUUCUGCUCUUCCAUCCCCUUUACCGAUCUCCACACCUUCACAUUUACCUUCUGCUCCUUCUCCAUCCACCCCAACAUCUUCUACCACUCAGCCCUCAAGCUUCAACCCUCCAACAGACUCUUUAUUUUCUACUGCCGCAGUAAGCACCAACCCUAACUCCUCCCACUGUUUCCUGUUCUCCAACAUUUCAUCACCUUCUACUGUCACAAAGGUCUCCUCAUCAACAUCAAAGCCUACGUCUUUUGCUUCUCCCCCACCUUCACUGCCACCUACUUCUACCUCAACACCAUUGUCCGUUGGAGGAAGUUCCUCAUCAUCCUACGUGUCAUCCAUCACCACCCCACAUCCAGGACCUUUGUCUUCUAUUCAUCUUCUUCCCCAGACUCCUGUCACAUCUUCUGUACCCUCCAAGAAGACCACAGAAGGUCAGAGGGUGGGAAUUCCUCUUACAUCUUCUAAUCCGGUGACAAACCUGGGCUCACCAACACAGACAACGGUCAUUCACCUGAACCCCAAACCUUUUCCAAACCACAAGCUCAAUCGCGGCCAGAAGACCAAACCAGAGCUUCCAAACAUUGACACCAAACCCAAGAAACCAUCAGGUCCUUCUGAAGGUCCGGACAAGAAAGGGAAGUAUCCAGACAUCAACCCCAGACACAGCACCUGGGAGCUGGCUAUGUUGCUGGGCUGUUCGGCUGGUUUGGGUAUGGUUCUAGUGGUUGGGGUGAGGUACAUGUACCGCCAGGCCUGCGGCAGGUGGACCGAGGUGACGCUGAACGACAGGGAGAGGGAGUAUGACAGAGGGGGGCGGGGGCUGAUUCAGGUCCAGGAGUGUGGAGAUUUGGUCAGAGUCAGAAAAAUCAGAGAGAACAGCUUUGUUCUUCUGACGGAGUACGAUGUGUUAGCGCCACCUGGUGAAUGAAAUACGGGUUCCUAAAGCCAGUUUACCCAGUAUCUCACUGGGCUGUUGUCAGCUGGUCGGAAAUUCACAACGGCUUUAAACGCCUGUUAAUGUUUCCUAAAGUGUGCGUUGAAUUUUAAAUAUUUCAGAAAUUUGCUGCAUCUGUGAUCCGUUAUGAUGGCCAUCAAACCGUUUCUAACUCCUGCCCUGAAGGAACGUGGGACAACGUUGAACUUUAGCCCAGAAAGAUACGGUCUUCAGACAAAAAUGUGUUUACCAGGAUCAUAUGAAAGACCUGGUAUCUUGUUCUGCUGCAUCUCCACCAGGAGCUUUAUGGCCUCUUUGUGCUGUGACUAAAUAACCUCCGUUAGACGAAUAUAAGAGUCGGUCUUUGUAAUAACGGAGGCUGAAGUCUGCCUGAGUUUGACCUUUUCUACAAGAGGAACUCAAAUUUGGUCAGAAAUUUAGAUUAUUAGUAUCAGAUUGUUUAAAGCCACUAUCGUCAUUAAUGAAACUAACGACUAUUGUGAUUGUAUUGUUUAGGUACAUUAUUCAGAUUGCAUGCUAAUUUGACAUCUCUUUUUCUCUCUUGCACCAUAUUUUUUUUUGUCUAUUAAAAAUGAGAAAUUCAACAUUUAGAAACUUAUGCCUAGUCCACACGUAGCCGGGGUUUUUUGAAAACGAAUAUCCGCCCCUCCAAAAACUUGCAUCCACACUACCUCGUUUAAAAAAAAACUGUCCACACGUACCCGGAUAAAUACGUUGUUAAGGACAUGCCAGACCUGUAGGCGGCAGUACUUCCCCCGUUCUUAACCUCGUCCUUCGUCUGUGGUCUUCAGCAAGGAGCAGUAAUUCCGCUUGCAAAAACAAACAAGCAAAAAGCGCUUGGACAAUUGAUAAAGCGAGCGCAGCUCUGAGGGCUUCCAUGCUGUCGGCUAGUGUAAACACAGGUCGCACACGUGAUGUCAGCAGUUUUUUGUCGCGGAAAGUGACGAUGCGGACCUUAAAACUCCGGUUUUGUCUGUCCACACGCAGACACCCAAAACGGAGAAAACGCAGAUCUUCACUUUGGCCGGAGUUUUUAAAAAGAUCCGUUUUCGUGUGGAUGACAGGCCAAAACGUAGAAAAAUAUCUACGUUUUGGCAGAUCCCCGGCUACGUGUGGACAGGGCCUUAGACCCAAAACUUAUUUUACCAGACUAAAGUUAGGUAACUCUAACUGGUUUUGGUUGACUCACACCCCUGGUGGUUGGAUUUGACUGUUUUAGGUAACGGAGUUUCUCUCAUUGUGAGAAUAAAAGCUCACUUGCUUAUUUUACAUCAGCUAUAUGUUGAACUGAUACUUAGUUCUGACUCAUGAGCGGAUUAGUGAAGCUGUUCACCUCUAAUCCCGUUUUCACUUGUAAACCUUUACCAGUGUGUUAAU